AUGGCGGCAGUUAUGUUCAGUGAUUGGGCUAUUGCCAGACUGAUCACCAUUGGAAUAUGCUCUUUUGUCUUUUUGAAGGGCCUCCUUCGAACGGCACCUUACUUUACCAUGAAGCCACCAGCAAAAUAUAGAGUUCGAAUUAACAAUGCUAUCAAGAAGAUAGAAAAGGACCCGGGCAAGAAUGUCAAACUGGAUUUUGGUUGGAAGCACGGUUCAGUAAGGCGACAAAUGAUACUUGCGAGCGCCAGACCUUGCGAGUAUUCCAAUGGUAUCUCCUCUUCGAAUUCAAUCUCAAUUGGUCAAUCAGAUAAAUUACACAGAGAAGAAUUUGUGAACAAAUUGGUACCAGAACUGAGACGGAACAAAAGGGUCCUCUAUGGGUUCUUCCAUCCAUAUUGCAAUGCUGGCGGUGGCGGUGAAAAGGUGCUCUGGAAGGCCGUAGAAUCCACCUUGUCAAAAAGCAGUGGCAAUGUGGCCCUCAUUUACACCGGCGAUAUCUUUGCUACACAGGAACAAAUCCUGAAUAGUGUCUCGCAACGCUUCGAUUAUGAACUGGAUCGAGACAGAGUUGUCUUUAUUUACUUGAAGAAUCGAAGGCUAGUUGAUAGCAAGACGUGGCCUCGGUUUACUCUGCUAGGGCAGGCCAUUGGCUCUAUUUUCCUCACACUUGAGGCACUUUACAAGUGUCCUCCAGAUGUUUGGUGCGAUACCAUGGGUUAUCCUUUUGGAUAUCCGUUUGUUCAUUACUUCUCUCAUAUUCCGAUCGUUACUUACACACAUUAUCCUGUGAUUUCCUCAGACAUGUUACAGAAGCUACAAAACAUGGAAAAUGCGCGGUCUUUAAGAAUAACUGUCAAAUAUUGGUACUGGAAAGCCUUCAUGCUAUGGUAUAAGUAUGUUGGCUCUUUCGUAAGCAUUGCGACUACCAAUUCCACUUGGACGGACAAUCAUAUGAAGAGGAUUUGGAAUGGUUUGAAUUCAAAGAUACUGUAUCCGCCCUGCUCCACCGAGAAAUUGGUUACGAAGUCGGCAAAAUCAAAGCGAAAGAACCAAGCGGUUGUUGUGGCACAGUUUAGGCCUGAGAAGAGGCACAAAUUGAUCUUGAAAGCCUUUGCUCACUUUCUCGAGUCUCUUGAUGACAUUUCUCUAGCUCCCAAAUUGAUCAUGAUCGGGUCAACUAGAUCGGAAGCUGAUAAAGACCAUGUGAGUUAUUUGCGUGACUGGUCAAGGAACUCUCUUCAGGUUCCAGAAAUUUUACUAGAAUUCCGUACUGAUUGUCCUUACGAGGAAAUCAAGUCGGUUUUACGUGAGUCAACGUAUGGUAUCAAUGCUAUGUGGAACGAGCAUUUUGGUAUCGCAGUAGUCGAAUAUGCGGCAUCAGGGCUAAUACCAUUGGUUCAUGCCUCUGCUGGGCCGCUUCUAGAUAUUGUUGUUCCUUGGGACAGUUCAGAGAGGAAACAAGCAGAGGAAAAUACCACAGAAACUAGAACUGGUUUUUUCUUCAAAGACAAAAGUGAUCCUGAUUAUAAUGAAACGCAGGACCGUGGGAAAUACCCUACUCUGGAAGAACUUUUCAUAACAGUUGUGAACUUAACAGAUGAAGAGAAGCAUGCGAUCUCUGAUCGUGGUAGAGAAUGUGUUCUUGUUAAGUUUUCAGACCUUAAAUUUCACCAAGGUUGGGACGGAGUAUUGGACGAGGUACAGAGGGACUUCUUAAGUCAAAUUAAUAAAAGAGAAUACUAG